GCGGCGCGGGACCAGGUCCUUGCGGCCGCUGGAGUCCCAGCGCCGGCGCGGGCUGCCGGGAGCCGUGGGAGCGCUGAGUCGAGCCACUUCUUGAGGGCCCUGGCAGUACUGCCCGCCACACUAGUUUUCUCCAACCACCUUCACUUAAAGAAGAAGAAAAAAAUAUCACGCUUCUAUCUGGGGUUAGUUUGAGCCAAGAUCAGGCCUUAAAUCUAUGCAUAAGAAAGGCGAGUCAGAGUCGAGAUGCGGCGGAAGCCAGGGCACCCACUCAGGGGAGGGUGGAAAGCGCUUUAUCAGAUCUCCUGGCCCGCUGCGGGCGAUAGCGCUGGUAACCCGAGUAGAGUAAAUAGAGACACGUGGGUGCUGGCUAGAGAGCCGCGAAUCGGACCGCGCGGAACGGCUAUUUCAGGCCGCGAGGAGAGCUUCAAAAGAUGGGGGGUUGGGGGAGCGGAUGGACCCUGAUACUCGACACUCCACUGGCCACACUUGUUCACAACUGGGCAAUGCUUUGGAGGAAAUCCGGUAGAAAAGACCUGACAUUCAGAUGAUUUCACCAACGCUUUUUCCCUCCAAAGAAAUUUGGAGGGUAUACCCUUUUUCCUUAAAUGGCAUCCUUCUGCCCCCAAAAAGAAAGCUUGUGGUUUUGAGGGCGGGGACAUUUUGGGUUUUAAACAGCAAGUUUAAGAACACAUCAGAGUUACCUUCUUUAUCCCAAUGGCAGGGGUGAGUACGCAUUUUGGAAGGCCGGGGACCUGGGUUCUAAGGAGAACAUGGGGGUGUUCUCUAUCCCCUGAAUCUUUCAUCCCAGCAUGCCAAUUCAGGGACAGCUAGGUUGCAGCCAGCCCUACUUGAAAGGUGUGUUGUAGGAGGAGGUCACUGGGAGGACGUAUGUCCAAGGAACCAAAUAACAUCCCGAACACUCGAGGCCAAACUCAGAUUUGUAGAGCAGCCUUUUUUUGUUUUGUUUUGUUUCUAGUCAUUUUGCUUGUCCUUUCUUUUUCUAUAAAUAAAUUUGCCAGCCACUUACCAUUUUCUGCAUGCUUCUGCCCUGCGGAGAAGGGCCCUGCGUUUGAAGCCCAGAACCCAGGUAUAAGGGCUGUGUUAAUCUUUGCCGGUGGUAAGUGGGCAUGGGGCAGACCCAAGGAAGAUGGUGAAGGGGUAAUACCACUGAUUUGCACGUGGUUAAGUCUGGGUGGAAGGUGGUUACCAGAACUGAUAUUAGCUGGGCUACCUUUUAGGUGUCUAUGACCCAACUCUCAAAUUUUCCUCCCUUUGACCACAGAAUAGUUCACUUUUCUCUUGUAAGCUUGUAGUCAGCUAACCAUGGUAGAUCAGGAGGAGUGGAGCUCCUGCUUGAACUGGUUUGGGACAGUUGCUUAAGACCCUCAUUUGUCAGUAGUGGGCUUGUUUUUAUUUAAAAUGUCAUUUUCAGUUGCAAAAUCGUACUUCACUUGUUUAAUGAGUUCUGAUGGAAGUGAACAGUGGUUGAAGAAGCUAUCAGAACCAUCAGCCCCAUUAACUCAGAUUCUUAUCACAUUGGGCAUCCAAGUAGCCUUGAUGUGUUUUAGCGAACAGCAUACGGACCGUCCCCAAAUUUGUUUUUAUUAUUAUUUAUACUUUCUAAUCCUGGGUAGAUAAUUCUCAGAAACACAUGUUGAAAAGGAAAAGAUUUCCCAGUACUCAACCCUAGCCUAUUCUCUAAGAUUAAAAAACAGGUAGGUUGAGUUGCACCUAAUCUUCCUCCUUUGAGUGUGGAAUCACACUUACUUUGGUAUUGUCACAAAUUCUAAGGUGAUUUUCUUUCUUUUGGGGGUGGGGAUUUGUGCUGUUAGGUGGCCAGACAAGCACAAACUUCUCAGGAGUCCUACCAUGACAAGGCCAGAGAACACCCUGAUGAAGGAAAGCAUCCAGAUGGAGGCCUCUACAACAAGGGACCCUCUUACUCGAGUUAUUCAGGGUACAUAAUGAUGCCAAAUAUGAAUAAUGACCCAUACAUGUCAAAUGGAUCUCUUUCUCCACCCAUCCCGAGAACAUCAAAUAAAGUGCCCGUGGUGCAGCCAUCCCAUGCAGUCCAUCCUCUCACCCCUCUCAUCACUUACAGCGACGAGCACUUUUCUCCAGGAUCACACCCGUCACACAUCCCAUCAGAUGUCAACUCCAAGCAAGGCAUGUCCAGACAUCCUCCAGCUCCUGAGAUCCCUACUUUUUAUCCCUUGUCUCCGGGUGGUGUUGGACAGAUCACCCCACCUCUUGGCUGGCAAGGUCAGCCUGUAUAUCCCAUCACGGGAGGAUUCAGGCAACCCUACCCAUCCUCACUGUCAGUGGACACUUCCAUGUCCAGGUUUUCUCAUCAUAUGAUUCCUGGUCCUCCUGGUCCCCACACAACUGGCAUCCCUCAUCCAGCUAUUGUAACGCCUCAGGUCAAACAGGAACACCCCCACACUGACAGCGACCUAAUGCACGUGAAGCCUCAGCAUGAACAGAGGAAGGAGCAGGAGCCAAAAAGACCUCACAUUAAGAAGCCUCUGAAUGCUUUUAUGUUAUACAUGAAAGAAAUGAGAGCGAAUGUCGUAGCGGAGUGUACUCUAAAGGAAAGUGCAGCUAUCAACCAGAUUCUAGGCAGAAGGUGGCAUGCCCUCUCCCGUGAAGAACAGGCUAAAUAUUAUGAAUUAGCACGGAAGGAGAGACAGCUCCACAUGCAGCUCUACCCAGGCUGGUCGGCCAGAGACAACUACGGUAAGAAAAAGAAGAGGAAGAGAGAGAAACUGCAGGAAUCUACAUCAGGUACAGGUCCAAGAAUGACAGCUGCCUACAUCUGAAACAUGGUGGAAAACGAAGCUCAUUCCCAACGUGCAAAGCCAAGGCAGCGACCCCGGGACCUCUUCUGGAAAUGGAAGCUUGUUGAAAACCCAGACUGUCUCCAUGGCUUGCCCAGUCGACCCCAAAGGAGGAAUGACACCAACUUCACCCUGAGGUCACUGCUAGAGACGCUGACCCAUAAAGACAAUCACUGACAAACUCCCUUUCAUCUACUGCAAGAGCCAAGUUCCACAAUAAAGGAUAAAAGGUUUUUUUUAAAAGAAAAAUGACAAAGCACAUGAGAAUGCUAGCAGGCCCAGGGUCAGCUGAGCAGCUUUCCUCCCCUCGUCUCCGCCGUGCACUUCCCAGAGCAUCCUGCAUCCAUACCUGUAACCUUCUGGCAAGGACAGUAACUUGGCUACCUUUGCCUGCCCCGAGCAACCGAGUGGCAGCCAGCACAGCCGGCAGCAUCCCCGCGGGGAACUUGUGGAAGAGUUCCCUCCUUGUUUCUGUCUUCAUUUUUCUUUCUCUUCUCCUAAAGCUUUUAUUUAACAGUGCAAAAGGAUCAAUUGUAUGUUUGCUUCUUUUUUUUAAACUUGAAUUUUUUUAAUUUACACUUUUUAGUUUUAAUUUUUUUGUUGUUGUAUAUUUUGCUAGCUAUGAGCUUUUAAGUAAAAUUCAAAGAUCUGGAAACGUUUGAAAUAAAAAUGAAAAGAAGCCUUUUUUUUUUUUUUUGAGCAAUAUCUUGUCUGCCAAGUGGCUUCUCUGUGAAUGACCUAUAACAAAUAGUGGCCUCUCCAUCUUUGUAAGGUGUCCAAUAGAGCUACAUAAAUGCAACAGCCAGUCCACUCUGUGGGUAGCAGUUGGCAAUCCUCUUUCAUUUUAUUUUUCUUAUGAUCUUUUUUUUUUAAUGAUAAACCUUAACAGAUACUUUCAACAGACCAGUUUGCAGUGAAUUUUCAUUUCUUUCCUUCUCACCCCCUUGUUGUAAAAAGCCCAGCACUUGAAUUGUUAUUACUUUAAAUGUUCUGUAUUUGUAUCUGUUUUUAUUAGCCAAUUAGUGGGAUUUUAUGCCAGUUGUUAAAAUGAGCAUUGAUUUUUUUUUUAAUAGCAAGGCACAGCCUUUGCCCAAAACUGUCAUCUAAUGUUUGUCAUUCCAGUUUGAGUUAACGUGCUGAGCAUUUUUUAAAAGAAGCUUUGUAAUAAAACAUUUAAAAAAAAAAAA